AUGGGUAAAAAGAAAAGAUCAACACAAGAAAAACCCUAUUGUUGGUAUUGUGAGAGAGUAUUUGAAGAUGAAAAGAUUUUAAUUCAACAUCAAAAAGCAAAACAUUUUAAAUGUAAUCAUUGUAAUAGAAAAUUAGCAAGUGCAAGUGGUAUGGUAGUUCAUGUUCAAACUGUACAUAAAGAAAUUUUAACUAAAGUACCAAAUGCAAAACCUGGUAGAGAUUCACCAGAAUAUGAAAUUUAUGGUAUGGAAGGUAUACCUGAUGAAGAAGAAGAUGAUAAUAAUAAUAACAAUAACAAUAAUAACAAUAAAAAAGCUAGAUUUGAUAAUAAUAAUAACAAUAUGAAUAAUAUGAAUAAUAUGAAUAAUCAACAAUAUCAACAACAACAACAGCAAUAUGGUGGUCAUAUGAAUCAGAAUAGUGGAUAUAAUGGAUAUAAUAGUGGAUAUGGGGGAGGAGGUGGUGGUGGUUUAAUAAUCAACCACCUCUACUAUGUAUGCCACCACAACAUUUUCAACCACAUCACCAACCACACCACCAACCACAUCAUCAACCACCAUAUCAUGGCCCACCAUCACAAAUGUAUCAUAAAAUGCCUCCAAAUAGUGGUGGUUGGCCACCAAAUACCAACAAUGGUUGGCCACCAAAUCAUUUUAAUGGUGGUGGUGGUGAA